AUUCUCCCCUCCCUUCCUACUCUCUGAAAUCUUGGGACAAUCUGCAUGCACUCAACUUCAGAGCAGAUGUGUUUCAACAGGGUAGAGUAAAGAGCAGCGACAGACGGUGAAAAAAAACAGGGUUCAAAUGAACGGAGACAGGUUCAGAUAGACAACAAAAGUGGGCCAAGAGAAAAAGCCAGAAAAUCUUUCAAAAGCAGGGGAGAUAAAAGUGUAGAGAAAGUCAGGGUGAGAGACAGGCGGAGAGUAAAAGGAAUAUAUUCAGUUCGAAAAAAGAAUGGGCUUCCUGGUGAGCAGUGCUGCGGUUUUUUUCUUAACCUCUCUGCUUGCUGUGCUCUUUGGACUUUCUUUGGUCCUGGGUCAGGAUUUAAGAGAGAGGGAUGCACUAUGCAAUGAGGACGGUUGCUUUGUGGUUUACUUCCAACGCAAGACUUUUCUAGACUCAUGGAGGGCCUGCAAGGACAAAGGUGGCAACCUAGCUACCAUUAAACGCAAGGAGGAUGCCGCUGCAAUUGCCACUCUCUUCUCCACUCUGGAAUUGCGCCACUCGCGCACCAAUGUAAGGGUAUGGAUUGGUCUGCAGCGCCAGCCUCGCCAGUGUACCACCACACGCCCACUGCGUGGUUUCUCAUGGACUACUGGUGACCAGGACACAGAGUAUACCAACUGGCAGAAAGAGGACUACCCUAGUAUGUGCUCUGUGCCACGCUGUGUGGUUAUGGGCUACAGCACUCAAGAGCAGAAUGAUAACUUCAAAUGGCUGGAUGGGUCCUGCUCAGUCUCUGUAGAUGGUUAUCUUUGCCAUUAUGCCUACAAAGGAAUGUGUCCUGCUUUGUGGAAUGAAGGGGCAGGCAAUGCCCUCUACACCACACCAUUCAACCUUUUAAGCACACUGCUAACCCAUUUACCCUUUGGAUCUGUUGCUACUGUGCCCUGCCCCGCAGGCACAAAGGAGGAACAGUCAGUUUUGUGUAUGCUGAAGGAAGAUGGCUCAGUGGGGUGGUCAAGAGAUUCCCCUCUCUGCUCCGAUCCACCCGAAUCACACAACUGGUGUGACCGGAACAAUGGCGGAUGUGAGCAUUUCUGCAGGCCAGCUGGUGUUGACUUCUACUGUGAAUGUGCCGAUGGGUAUCAACUUGGAGACAAUGGGCAGAAAUGUGAGCUGUCUGAUGUUUGUCAAGGGGCCCCCUGUGAGUUUGAGUGCCUGCCUCUCUCAGAUGGGUACCGUUGUGCUUGCCCCGACGGAUACAUGCUUGCACCAGAUGACUAUGGCUGUCUGGAUGUAGACGAGUGCCUUCAGAGUCCUUGUGAGCAGCUUUGUGUGAAUGCUCCAGGGACAUUUGAAUGUCGAUGUCGGGAGGGUUACCAUCCAGAUGAUGAGGGUGAGUGUGAGGAUAAAGAUGAGUGUAUAAAUGACCCAUGUGAACAUGCCUGUGAGAACACUCAAGGCUCUCAUAUUUGCCACUGCCAUCUGGGUUUUUCCCCAGUGCCUGAGGACCCCAGCCGAUGCCAAGACACAGAUGAGUGCCAGAUCCCCGGGACCUGCGAGCAGAUGUGUGUGAAUUAUGAAGGUGGAUUUGAGUGCUACUGCGAGGAAGGCUAUGAACUCAUGUCUGAUCACUUUUCAUGUCGCAAGAGAGGGGAUAGAGAUGACCAAUCUGCUGUGACCCCUCCUUUUCCUUGGGCCACCCACCAGCCUGGACCUGUAUGGGACUCUGCCGUCUAUGAAUGGUACCAGAGCCACACUGACCAUCCUCCAGAGGAUAAGCAAUCUCUGGGCUUGCUGACUGACCAACCCAGAGUUUUGGAUUUUGAUGUAAUUUGGGUCACCAGUGCCCCUCAGGAGGAACACCACUUUGAUUUAGCACUGGGCCAUCCGACACAGCUGGCUGACGAAGAUGGGGAAAACGUAGCCAAUAAAGGAGUUGAGUGGGGGCAGAGAUCUGAUUUUGAGCUGGAAGUUUUGCCAACCACCACCUUCACCACACCUCCAACCACCACCAGCUCCAGCACUACCCAAGACUGGUAUGAAGAGGACGACAAUAAUGAGGAGGAGACCACAGCUCUGCCUUUCCGUUCCACUUCUACAAUCUCUGAGGGAGCAUGGAAUUGGUGGGCGGGGCUUACCACUUUCAGCCAGAAACCAGAAAAUCCAGAGUAUUUAGCCAUAGACCCCAAUAUGCCUACAGAUUCCAGCCACCCCAUUGAGGCAGAAGAACAGUACACCAUUAAAGUAAACUAUCAGCUCCCAGAGGAGGCGUUAGGGGAGGAGGAAAACGACUAUGUGGAAAUCACACACCCAGCGGUUCCCACUCAGCUUACUCCUUCCCAGACACCCCUGGAUUCUGUCCAGAAAGACAAGGGGCAGAAACAGAGCAGCAUCUGGCUCCUGGUGGGCCUCCUAGUGCCCAUAUGCAUCUUCGUUGUAGUAAUGGUGGCGCUGGGCAUCGUCUACUGCACCCGCUGUGCUGUUCAUUCACGCAACAAAAAUGCCACUGACUGCUACCACUGGAUCUCUGGGGCACAUGAUAAACAGGGAGCUCCAAACCCCUCAGCAGGGGUCAAGACCCAUGUUUAAAGAGAGAAGAGAGAGCAUUAAACAGACUCUGCUUCAGAGGUAAGCAAGAGUGAAUAAUGGACAAGCUGACUGUGGAACUGCCCACUCUUUGAACACAUUUGGAUAUUACUGUUGAAUACCAAUUGAUAGAUGUGGAGACAGGACACUUAAAACCACUGACCGUUUUUUAGGAUAGGGUUGGUAUGGGGUACAACUGCUUUGAUGUUUCAUACACUGACCACACAGCGCAAGAUCUGAUUACUUCAUCAUUGCACUAGGUUUCAUUAUUAUAAAAUAUUAGUGUCUUCAUUAGAAAUGUCAAAACAUUUGUGUAGUCAUUUAUUCAUUUCACAUUUCACAGCUGGAGCCAGAUCCUGCAAAGAGCCUUGGAAAUCAGUGUACUGUUGGCAAAUGCAUGGCUAAGCAAACCUUGCCAUGAUCUUCCUUCCAUGCUAAAUCCUCAGGCUCAGUUUUCAUCAAUAGCAUAUCACUGUAGGUAACUAACUGUCAACUAUGUUAAAGGGAUUUAUGUGCAUUGAUAGCUCAUAUCAGCAUUGAGUGAAAAAAGACUGCAAGCAACUAUCCCUUCAAGAGAAAAGACAUUCUACAGUCACAUUAAAAUGCUGGGAAAGCAGUCAUUUGAAAUCACUGUUGAAUGUUUGAUAAGAGACCAAACCUUUAUUUGUAUAUAGUGGUACUUUUGUAUUUAUGUUUGUUUUAUACUUUUCACCAACCAAAUGUAAAAACUGUAAUGGCAUACCUUUUUAUGGACCCCAUAAACCUGGUGAUAUACAGAUAAAUGUCUGUCUGCACAUGGUAAUGCUCUUUCCCCACUCAGUCCAGUUAUAAAGCACUUAUUCUUUCGUUGUCUUUUUUCUGAAAUGAGGUUAGAGUGCAGAUGUUCACACUGCAGAGGGAAUUUUGUAGGGCUGGUGAUUGACAUUAGCUUUGGCUUUAGUCAUGAUAUGACCAUUAGUCACCCUUCAUAACCCUAACCUCGUUAGUAUAGCCCAAGAUUUUAUGGCCGUUUGAUCUCAUCCAGCUGUGUGAGGCUGCAGGUCAGUGCGACACCUUGCAUGCAUGCAACUUCAGAUAUUUUACAAUUAAAAAAAGACAUAUCCCAAAGACUGCAGAAUCUAAAAUUGUAAAUACAUGUGGAAAGAAUGAGAAGUGCUCAUUGGAUGUUGAAAAUUUUACAGACAAAAGAAAAAAAACAAUUAACUAUUGUAAAGCAUUUACAAGUUCAAAAAUCUCUAAAUUUAAUGGAUAAAUGACUUUAAAGUUUGGGAAAAUCAAGUGUCAUUCCAAAUUUGUCUUUAUUUUAUUGGUAGACUGUGAAAUAUAAGGAACAUCAGAUGUCUAUUUUUCUGUUACAUGUUAAGAAAUUGUGAAUUAAAAACUAUGACAAGG